CAGCAAGUCAUAUCAUAAUCAUUGUCGAACUUUGCUUGCAUUUUGAUCGUUGUGUUUGUGUGUGUGUGUGUUUUGUAUGUGUAUGUGUAUGUGUAUGCAUUGUCCAACCAGAAGAAGCCAGCUAUCCAUCCAUCCACAUACCAUAAGAAGAACCACGCCGUCGCGCACCUCUUCUCAUUUCAUUUGUUCAUUGUUCUUGUUGGCUCUGUUUCUUGUUUUUUUUCACCCCUUAUCGGCAUUAUUUUAGUUCCAGAAUUCAUAUCAUUAAAUUUACCGAAUUGUUUUCGCUAUCAAGUUUUGUUAGCAAUUUUUCUCCGGACCUUGAUCAAUUUUUUUUAAAUUUGUAACAAUAGAAAAUCAUGGAUGAAGGUGACGAUUAUUCGGCCGCUAAUGCAGGUGCAUCAAAAACCUAUCCAGUACAAUGUUCAUCACUUCGUAAAAACGGUUUUGUCAUGAUCAAAGGUCGUCCAUGUAAAGUCAUGGAAAUGAGUACCUCAAAGACUGGUAAACAUGGUCAUGCUAAAGUACAUCUUGUUGGUUUAGAUAUUUUUACCAAUAAAAAAUAUGAAGAUAUUUGCCCCUCAACUCAUAACAUUGAUGUACCAAAUGUUUCUCGCAAUGAUUUCCAACUUAUUGAUGUUAGUGACGAUGGAUUCGUAACACUUAUGAAUGAUAAAGGCGAUACUCGUGAUGAUCUUCGUCUUCCAGAAGCAGAACUUGGUCAAAAGAUUCGAGAAGAAUUUGGCAAAGACGACACCACUGUCAUCGUUACCGUCAUGUCUGCUGUCGAUGAAGAGGCUAUAAUCGCUUGCAAGAACACUACCAACUAAAUCGAAUGUGGAUGAAUGAUGAUGAUGGAAAUUAAGAAGAAAAAGCCAAUGAAAUGAAAGAUAUAUAAUUUUUAUUAUUUAAGAUAAUUCUUUUUUAUUUACAAUUAUUUCAUUACAUACCAGACAUUGCUUACAAUUUGUAGUAUGUUAUGUUGGGUGUGAAUACACAUUGAAAUGAUUGUAAUCUGAAUGAGAGAUGAAAAAACUUUAUAAAUGAAAAAUUAAGAAAAAAAUAUGAUUUAUAAAAAAAAUAAAAUGCUAAAUCUAUGAUGGA